UUAGGGCGCAUGCGGCAAUCUCUCAGCUCUCGCGAGGUUUAGCCUUCCCGGAAGUACUGGAGCACCUUCCCUGUUAGCGGCGUCGCUAUGUGCGGGGACUGUGUGGAGAAGGAAUAUCCCAAUCGGGGUAACAUUUGCCUGGAGAAUGGAUCUUUCUUGCUGAACUUUACUGGCUGUGCAGUGUGUGGUAAGCGGGAUUUUAUGCUGAUCACAAACAAAUCCUUGAAAGAGGAAGAUGGAGAAGAAAUAGUUACCUAUGAUCAUCUAUGUCAGAAUUGUCAUCACGUAGUAGCCAGACAUGAAUAUACAUUCAGUAUCAUGGAUGAAUUUCAGGAGUACACCAUGCUGUGUUUGUUAUGUGGCAAAGCUGAAGAUACUAUCAGCAUUCUCCCUGAUGACCCCCGACAAAUGACUCUGUUAUUCUAAGGACCCUUCUGCAGUGCUGUAGAACUAGGUUGUGUUGGUUACAAUACUGCAAACCUGAUGGUUUGUCUUAGUUUAUAAUGGAAAUUAUUUGCUUAUUUGUUUCUGCUUAGACUUACCUAUUCUUUGAAAGAAAAGAAGUAAUUUGGGGGAUUACUGUUCUCUAGAGCUGAGGCUCUUCUGCCAAAGUUCCCAAUUCACAUUGGUGCAGCCAGAAUGAAGCAUCUUUGUUAGUGCUAUGUGGCUAAAAAUAAUUAGAAUGGGAGAACCUAGUGCCCAGAUCUUGGUUCCAGUAAAAGGAAGCAGGGCUCCUUGGAGAAAUGACUUACUCUAGGAUUAGGGCUAUAAAUACUCAAGAUGAGCCUGGAGCAUCUUGUGCCACAAAAAAAAAAAAAAAGAAAGUGCUCAGAAAAAAAUCACAAUGGUGGGGGAUGUCCGAAG